AUGGAUAUCGAUAUAAAAGAUGAUGAAAAUGCAUCAACACAAUGGACUUUCUCUCAUAGCUUUCCCUUACCGUACCGUGUGUUAAUUUUAAUUUGUAUUGGACUCUGGGCUUGGGGUUCGAAUUUGCAAAUAUUAUCGUGGUUUGGAAUUGAUGUUCAUAUGCUAUUAUCUACUUCAAAUCAAUAUACCGAAAAGAGACCUCCAACCUCUUAUAAAUCUGUAUAUUUAUUAGCUACGAUAUUGUCUGCGUGGGUGGGAUUUAAUUUAAUGACAUUUUGGUGGUUAACUGAUGGUGAUCCCGCUGCAAUAGCCAAUUGGACUGCUGUCCCUUUAUUUUGUUACUUAAUGAUGAUAACUAUCGUGGUUUGUCCAUUUAAUAUACUGAUUCGACGAGAAAGAAUGCGAUUUUUGAGGUGCCUAAAUCGAGUUUUAUUUUUUAAAUAUGGGUCAGAAGUUCUUUUUGUGGAUGGGAUAAUGGCAGAUAUUUUGACGAGUUACGCUAAAGUUUUGGGAGAUUUGUACGUUACCGGAUGUAUCUUGCUUUUCCAUAAUUUUGAGGAAGCCGGCAUUUUUUCAGAGAAUAGAUGUUGGAGUUACGUGAUCGCUCCCUUUUUUACUAGCAUACCAUAUAUAAUUCGUUUUCGUCAAUGUUUGUCAGAAUAUAUGAAAUCGAGUUUUCAUAAAAAACGACAUUUAUUUAAUACCCUCAAAUAUGCGUCGGCUUUUCCAGUCAUUUUUUUAUCGGCUUUGCAAAAAAGAUAUGAUUUUGCAACAUUAGAUUCUGACACUGUUACUUUUGGACAAUCAACUUUAUAUAAUUUAUGGUUACUUUCCGUAGCUUUCAAUUCAAUAUAUUCUUUCUAUUGGGAUAUAGAAAAGGACUGGGAACUUCAUUUUUUCACAUCCGGAUCUUCCCAAAAAAUAAGUUCUGGUCGUUUCUCCUUGAAAAUUCCAAACUUUAAACUUCGACAACCAAUGCAAUUCAAAUGGCCAAUAGUAUAUUACCUUGCUAUGCUGACUGAUUUCUUACUUCGAUUUACAUGGUCUCUUAAACUUUCAUCACAUUUGCAUGUGGUUACUGAAUUGGAGGCUCGUGUUUUUCUGAUGGAAUGUUUGGAAGUUGGACGAAGAUGGUUAUGGAUAUUUUUCAAGAUGGAAAAAACAUGGAUACAAGAACAAAAAACUUUAGGAUAUGAGUUGAAGGCGAAUACUCGAAAACCAAUUACAACAAAAGAAAGUCCUUCAAUAUCUUCUCCUAAUUCAACUGUAUUUGCUUCUUUUCUUGAGCAAGAUUUCGAUCCAAAAGCAUGGGUAAAUACUGCAUUAUCUAGCGGCAGACUCAAGUCAACUUCGUCAAAUACUUCCUCUAUUUCAAAACGACGCCGUUCUUCAACAACCACAAAUACACCCACUGACUUGAAUCAUGGUGAAAAGCUUAACAGGGCACAACUUUCGUUGCUUUCAAGUCACACGGCAGUUCUUGUUGAGAAGUUAGAGUAUUUAAACCAGGAAAUUUCUAAUCGUCUUGAGCGCACCGUUGAAAAUGUGGUGAAAAGCAUGCCAAAUGUAAUUUCAGAAUUAAACGUCUUAAAAGAAGAUACCGGAAAAUUGAAAAUCAAUCUUUCCACCGUUCAACAGCACCUUGGUGAUGUUGAAGGCAAUACCGGUAUCGCUUUAGAUCGACUUCGAUACCUAGAUUUGGUAAAGACGCGUAUGGAAGCUUCACGUGCAGUAUUACGCGAAGCUGAAAACUGGUCAAGUCUUGAAGCAGAAGCCAGUACUAUAUUUGCCUCGCAGGAUUAUCAGAAAGCCAGUGUUCGACUUCAAGAAGCAGAGAAAAGUUUGGCGAUUUUCCAGAAUACGCCAGAAUAUGAGGAAAGAAGAAAGUUAUUAACAGAAUUACAGAAUCAAUUAGAGGCAACUGUUAGUCCCCAAUUAAUCGCAGCAUUGAAUCAACACGAUGUCAAAGUUUGUCAAAAAUUUUACGUUAUUUUUGACCAAAUUGGACGAAAAAAGGCUUUCUGCAAUUACUAUUAUGGAUCAAGAAAGGCUCCUCUUGUUCAACUAUGGCAAGGAUCAUUAGUUUUAGAAGGUGGGGCUUCUUUAGAAGGAAUCGUCAAUAGUAACAGUAAUAACAAUGGUGAUGAUGACGAUAAUACAAAAGACACUAGAUUCGUCGAUUUUUUAAAAAAAUUCUAUGACGAAUGUUUUGUGGUGUUAAAUGAAGAGUACACAUGGUGUGGUAGCGUGUUUCCCGAUGCAAAUGAAACAUUGGCUGCGUUGAUUGAAAAUAUAUUCAAUUCGAUUAAACCUCCAGUGACUGUACGCUUGGCUGAAUUAGUUGAUUACUAUCAUUAUCAAUGUUUACCCCAAAUUAUUGAAGCAUUCACAGUAAGCGAGAAUUUUGGCCGAAAAAUAGAGCACAUGCUACAAAAAUCAAUUCAAACUCCUAAAUUAUCGCACACCGUUGAAGUAAAAUGGGGUCAAUCAGUUUUUGAACCCUUUUCAAUAUAUCAGCAUGAUUAUGCAGCAUAUGAGAAAAACUAUCUGAUUGCAAUGCUAAAAAAAAUUCUAUCGUCAAAUAUUAAAACAUCAACCGUUGACUUAUCACGCGUGAUUUUAGACACUAGUGGGAAGCUAUUUAAUUUGGUGGAUGACGGUUUAUCACGAUGUAUGAAAUUCACACAUGGAUUUGGUAGUGUUGGCUUAAUUGAAACAUUAAACCAAUUUUUCGAGAUUUCAAUUAAAGAAUAUUUUAUGCUUUUAAACAAGUUACGUGCUGAAUGUGGACUGGAUCUGAAAGAAUCGAAUCGACCAUCUAAUAAUAAUAAUGAACUUUUUGCUAAAUCUUUUUCUGGUCCUGCCUCGAAUUUGAGUUUGGAGGAUGAUUUUGAUCAAGAUAAUCUUGCGCAUGAAGAUUGGUCAAAUUUCCAAAUUGGCUUGCGAUUACUGGCUACAUGUCGCACAUUUUCAGAAAAACUCGAUUCAUUUGAACAUAAAACCGCUGAAACUCUGUUAAAGAUAAAUGAACUAAUUCAGAGUGCAGAUAUACAUAAUGACAAAACAAACACAAAAUUGCAUUGGUAUGAACAACGACGACCUUCUUUUCAGGACGUCACUACUUCUAUAGGAACAAAGGCAUCAAUAGGUCUCUUACAAGAAUCUCCGCUUAAUAGUUAUCAAUUACGCGAAUUAAUUUCGAGCCUUGAAGAAAAUUAUGCCAUUAUUGAGGAACAAGAAGACGAGGAUGAAAAACUUGAGAUAAAAAAUAAUCAAAAAGCUAAAAAAGAACAAUAUUUAUUAUUUCGACCUACUAUAGAAAUUCUUGAUCAAUUUAUUCGGGGAUGUCAACGCUUUAUAUUUGACACGAUUUUCUUACCCAUCGUUAAACAUCUCUCCAAUAUUAGUAAAAUGGAAGUCUGGAAAGCAGCACCAGAGUCAACUAAACAACGCUCUGUAUUGAACUUGGAAAUUCCAACUUUUAGUUUAUCGCCUAGUGAGUAUAUAACUCGCAUUGGUGAGCACCUGUUAACGUUACCACAACAAUUUGAGGUUUAUGCGGAUGACAAAUCAUUGGCUUUUUCAAUUUCUUCGUUACCAUACAAUGACGAUACUGAGGAUUUUGUUGACGAUGACAAAAUAGAAACAAUGACAAUCACUCAAAAAUCCACAGAGCAAAAGUCACCUUUAAUAUCAAAUUUAGAAUCGGAUACAGCACAAAAUACUGAACAACAAGAAAAUGUCAAAGAAACAAUUACAGUAACACACGCUUGGAUCACAUCAAUUGCACGUGGAACAAUGUUUGCAUUAGUGGAAAAGAUUUUAUCCAUUCCACAAUUAUCCAAGCAUGGCACUCGACAACUACUCACCGAUCUUGGUUAUCUGACUAAUGUUUUAUCGGCUCUUGAUAUUUCUGCAGUGGAUGAACUUUUGCAAAUAUACAAGAUGUUGGAAAUGGAAGAAGAGCAAGUAGUUAAAUUUAUCUCUCAAAUUAAUAAUAAUAAAGAAGAUUUUGAGUUUGACUUGAAAAAUAAAGAAAUAAUGAUCAAAGUUGCAGCUAUAAGAGGAUUUUAG